CAGCCCGAUGGCCAAAUGUUAAGUAACAAGACCACUGGGGAUGGAGAUGACUCCUUCAGCACUUUCUUCAGUGAGACAAGUGCUGGGAAAUAUGUGCCCAGGACAACAUUUGUAGACCUAGAACCCACUGUCAUUGACAAGGUGCGCACUGGUACCUACCGCCAGCUCUUCCACCCUGAGCAGCUCAUCACAGGCAAGGAAGAUGCUGCCAAUAACUAUGCCCGUGGGUAUUAUACCAUUGGCAGUAAGAUCAUUGACCUCGUCUCAGAGCAAAUUCGGAAACUGACUGAGCAGUGCACAGGUCUGCAGGGAUUUCUGGUUUUUCGCAGUUUUGGUGGGGGCACUGGCUCUGGGUUCACCUCCCUGCUGAUGGAGCGUCUCUCAUUUGACUAUGACAAGAAGUCCAAGCUGGAGUUUUCCAUUUACCCAGCCCCCAGGAUCUCCACAGCUGUAGUAGAGCCCUACAACGCCAUCCUUACCACCCACACCAUCCUGGAGCAAUCUAAUUGUACUUUCCUGGUGGACAAUGAGGCCAUCUAUGAUAUCUGUUGUAGAAACCUCGAUAUUCAGCGCCCCACCUACACUCAUUUGAACCACCUUGUUAGCCAGGUUGUGUCUUCCAUCACUGCUUCCCUCCGGUUUGAUGGAGCCCUGAAUGUGGAUCUGACAGAAUUCCAGACCAACCUGGUGCCCUAUCCCCGCAUCCACUUCCCUCUGAUCACAUAUGCCCCUGUCAUCUCUGCAGAGAAAGCCUACCAUGAACAGUUUUCUGUAACAGACAUCACCAACGCCUGCUUUGAGCCAGCCAACCAGAUGGUGAAGUGUGACCCUUGUCAUGGUAAAUACAUGGCUUGCUGCCUGCUCUACCGUGGAGAUGUGGUCCCCAAAGAUGUCAAUGCUGCCAUUGCCGCCAUCAAGACCAAGCGCAGCAUCCAGUUUGUGGACUGGUGUCCCACUGGUUUCAAGGUGGGCAUCAAUUACCAGCCUCCCACCUUGGUGCCUGGUGGAGACCUGGCCAGGGUACAGCGGGCUGUGUGCAUGCUGAGCAACACUACAGCCAUUGCUGAGGCCUGGGCUCGCCUGAACCACAAGUUUGAUCUGAUGUUCGCCAAGCGGGCCUUCGUUCACUGGUAUGUGGGUGAGGGGAUGGAGGAAGGGGAGUUUUACGAGGCCCGGGAGGACAUGGCUGCCCUCGAGAAGGAUUAUGAGGAGGUUGGAGCAGAUACUGCUGAGGGAGAAGACGAAGAUGAGGAAUAUUAA